GGGUUUGAUGAACGUGACUUUGCCCACGACGAUGAAAUGGAGUUCGAUGAACGCGGUGUCCAAGAAGCUCUGGCAGCCGGAAAGCAAUUCCUCAAGAAUGGCGUUAAGGCGGUCGGCGACAAAAUCAAGAGCAUAGGUUCGAACAUAUUCGGUGGAGCGAAGAAGGCUGGUGCGAGCAUGAAGAGCGGAGUCACAAAGGCUGCUGCGGACGUGAAGAGCGGAGUCACAAAAGCUGGUGUGGGCGUGAAGAGCGGAAUGACGAUGGCUGGUGUGAGCGUGAAGAGCGGAAUGACAAGGGCUGGUGUGGGCGUGAAGAACGGAAUGACGAUGGCUGGUGUGAGCGUGAAGAGCGGAAUGACAAGGGCUGGUGUGGGCGUGAAGAGCGGAAUGACGAUGGCUGGUGUGAGCGUGAAGAGCGGAAUGACAAGGGCUGGUGCGGGCAUCAAGGAAAAAGCGACUCAGGGAAAGGAACUGGCCCAGAAG